AUGUCCCCGAAAGAACAGAGGAUCUUCUACGUGUUGCGAGCCUGAAUCUGCCUGCUUGUCUUCAGGAAAGCUUUAGAAAGUACCCUAGAUGAUUGAAAAAAUCUUGACGAUACUUCCGUGGCAACACCUGGACUUCUAGGGUUUCCUAUGCAUGGGUUCUCCAUUGUUGAUGGCUUUGUGGAGAUAACGGAAUGCUUGGCAGAGAUGAUUAAAUACAUUGCAAAUGAACCCUCAGUAGGGCUUUUCUAUGUUCAGCAGCAUACUCAAAAUGCAGUGCCCAACCUCAUUACUCUCAAGAAUAAUGUUGUGGAGAAGUCUCGAGAAACGACUUUGCACACUGAAGAUCUAGAGGAUUCUAUCACCAUGGUGAGUUCAAUGAAAAAAUGUGGAUUCCCCAUUGCCGAUGAGAUGAUUAGAGACAUCAAGAAAUCUCUAGUGAUCAUAUCAACACAACCAAAAAGAGGGUUAAUCCAUAAAGUUUCAGGUUUUCAGAUGGGAAGAACCAACUCUUGGGGACCAACCACAUGGGGCCGUAGUGCAGUUUAUGCCCAAGAGGAUAAUGAAAGAAGAGGUAGUUAUUUUUCUUCUGUAUUUAAGUCAGCAAAACAAAAGGCCAGCCAUUUCAAGUGGCCACAACUUGAUCCCAAGGAAUCAAUACAGACUGAGGGUGAGAUGCUGCUGCCAUAUCCUACUUCAACAGUGUCAGUGACAUCUGCUACUACUAGCUCAUCUUUGCUGGAUGCUGAAGUAGAUAGUCUGCCAUUGUCAAGUCAGGUUGAAGAUGAACCACUCAAAGAGGAAGAAGAGACUAAUGUCAGUGUAACUAGUCGUAAUCUAUUGUCGGUGCCUGGAAAUUUCGAUGACUUAAAGGCUAAUAAAGAAGCCAAACUGAAGGAGUGGUUGGAAGGAACUGACAACCUGAAUCAAUAUAGAGACGCCAGUGAUGCAAAAGGGCUUUAGUUUGGCAGCACUCGGCUAUUGAAAAAGCUUUACAUGUGUAUACUGCUCUGUUGCUUCUUAAAUCCCUCUGGAUGAAGAUCAUAUAGAACAUGUAUGGUGCUGAUGCAUUCAUUUUGGGUAUAUGGAUCAAGAGCGCCUCUAGAAGCGGCUGAAAGGCAUGAUGCUGGAAGCUAAAGAGUAGGUUAGGUUUGGAUAGUGAGUUGAGAUGAGUUGAGAUAAAAAUUGAAAAUUGAAUAAAAUAUUGUUAAAAUAUUAUUUUUUAAUAUUAUUAUUAUUUUAGAAUUUGAAAAAAUUGAAUUGUUUAUUGUAUUUUAUGUGGAAAUUUGUGAAAGUUAUAAUGAUGAGAUGAGAUAGGUUGAGAGUGUUUCUCAAUCCAAUCUAAGCAUUUGACAUAAUUCGCCAUAUGUGGACCUGCAAUGUAUUUGAUGCUUCUGCAGUUAA